AUGACAUAUGACAUGAAUGAUAUAGUUAAUUUUAUGACUGAAAGUGAUGGGGAAAUUGAUCUUGGGGAAGAUUUUGAUGACACUGAUGACAGUGAUUGGGAGUAUAAUAAAGAAGAAAGAAGAAAAGCUGUCCCUGAACCAAACCACCCUGCAACUGCACCUGCAGCACCGUUACUCAACACCGGUGAGGAGUCUGCUACCGACCAAAGUGUACAAGAUAGUGACGAUAAAGACAAUUUGCCAUUGAACUUAUUGCGUCCUGACAACCACAAUGCUGAUAUUGGACGAGGUCGUGCAAGGGGACGUGGUAGAGGUAGAGGACGUGGCAGAGGUAGAGAACAACUGCAACCUAAUGGUAAUGAUGAACAGAAUUGGAGCUGGGAGAAGGAAAGGGAGGUUGGUAUUGACAAUGAGAUAUGUGUACCAUAUUUGGACGAAGAGCGCAUAAAAGUUCCUCUACCUGAUGACUUUUUUUCGCUCUACCUAACCGAUGAAAUAUUUCAGCUUCUCGUUGAUGAAACAAAUCGGUUUGCUGAACAAUAUUUUGAACAUAACCCUGAAAAAAGGAACAAUACAUAUGCUGGGAUGUGGUUACAAGUAACGUUGGAAGAAAUGAAGUCAUUUAUUGCUAUUAUUUUGUUGAUGGGUAUAAUUCACAAACCGUCAAUUGAUAUGUACUGGGUGACAGAUGAAUUGUUAUGUACUCCUGUUGUUUCUAAAAUCAUGACAAGAAACAGAUUCCAACUAAUUCUGAAGUUCUUGCACUUCAAUAAUAAUGAAGAUCCUAACUUUGAUCCACAAAACGAAGAUAGGGACAGCCUUCACAAAGUGAGACCGCUGAUUGAGAUGCUGCGUGAACGAUGUUAUGCUGUUUACUACCCAGGACAGAACUUGAGUGUUGAUGAGUCUCUCGUACUUUUCAAAGGUCGUUUGAAGUUCAAACAGUAUAUACAUCCGGACUAA